GAAAGACGGUUGGUCAGAUGUGGUCACGUGACGCUGUGACGUGAGAGGGAAGGAGCUCAUAAAGAGAACGAGGGCGGGAAAAGUGUGCAGAGCAGCUCUGCUUCCUCAGCUGAGGAAACAUCUGGAAAAUGUCCAGUGUGAACCAGUCUGUGACCAACGGCACGGCAGGAAGUCAGUACCAGGGUUUACUGGAGCGGGCGCUGUUCUCCACACUCACCACCGUGCCGUGCUGCGCGUUUCUCUUCAUCAAUGGCACCAUGAUGUUCACGCUCAGGAGUAAGGCGCUGUUCCGCGACACUUCUCGAUACGUCCUCCUGUUCAACCUGCUGUUCGCCGACACCGUACAGAUGUCGCUCGGCCAGCUGCUUUACCUCGUCGCCGCGUGUCGGACGACGCUCACAUAUCCCGUGUGCGGUGUCGUCAACAUGAUCACCAAACUCACCAACGAGGUGUCUCCACUCACACUGGUGGUGAUGUCACUGGAGAGGUACGUGGCCGUGUGCUUCCCGCUGAGACACACCGCCAUCAUCACCGCCAGGAACACGGCGGUGGCCGUGGUGGCGGUGUGGGCCGUGAGCUCACUAGACGUCCUGACCCGCGUCUUCCUGCUGCUGGAGUUUCCAUUCAAGGAGCUGGACUCUUUGCAGAUGAAGGACUUCUGCUCAGAAGUGUCGAUGAUGCUCGGGCCCAGGUCCAAUCAGUACGACAGAGCUUAUAACUGCUUCCUGUUUGUGUCGGCAACCGUGGCCAUCAUUUCCUCCUACAUCGGUGUGGUGGUUGCGGCCCGCUCGGCGUCCUCAACGGACGCCUCAUCUCGUCGGGCUCGGAAUACGCUGCUGCUGCACCUGGUCCAGCUGGGCCUCAGCCUCUCGUCCACCGUCUACCUGCCCAUCCUCAUCGCCGUCUCCAGGACUCUGGCCCGGCUGGUGUUCGUGCGCAUCCAGAACGUUCUGUACGUGUGCAUCUUUAUCUUUCCGCGCUGCCUGAGCUCGCUCAUCUACGGCAUCAGAGAUCACGCCAUCCGACUCGCGCUACUGCACCGACUGUGCUGUCGUCAAAGCCGACAUCCACAUGCCCCCAAAUCUGAUGCACUUCAUACCUAACGGUCAAUAGACUGGGACUGUUUUGAAAGUGCUUUGAUAUCUACGUUGUGUUCGAAAAGUGCUUGAAUUUUGUGAUAAACUAUGAUGAAAUAUUAGGUUUACAGCAGUCACAAAAUCAGACAUAUGAACUGAGUCAUGGAGGCAGCAGAGGAUCAAAAGCUUCUGUGUCCAAAUGAGCUACAAUUAUUUUCUCUUGGGACUUCAGUGUGAGAGAGUGAGUGGUUUACAAACUUAGAUAGAGAGUGAGAUAUAGGGUCAGUGAUUUUAGCUGGCGAGGAGCUGCUGGUCUACCACUGCCUCGUGUGGU